CACUAUUGCACCCCCCGUCACCCAACAUUCACAUUCACGAUUGCACCACCCUAACCCCUCUGACAAGGAUGCGAUGUGUCGUGUGCAGUUCGCCCCUGCAGAUUAUCCAUUCGCCUCUGGAUGCAGACGUACUACACCUUGGGGAGACGAGGGCGCAAAGCAGUUUUAGCUUGCAGGCAGCAGCAUGGGCAGUCUAGAAGAUCGCCUUCGAGCCUUGAGGAGCGCACACGCUUCGAAAGGUGCUGCUCAGACGCGCUCAUCGGGCUCAACCUCUGCUCCGCAGCCUCUAUGCUCGAAUGACGAGAGCAGCGCGCUCCACGCUGGAAAGAACGCGACGUCGGCAGAUGCUCACGGCAACGAGCUGAUGUCGCAGAGCAAGACGGGAGAUGGCAAUGAAGACGAGAUUGAGGCUUUGAUCCGACGCACGAGGGAGGAAGUCGAGCUGCGUCGACAGCAUGGAGUGGAGGUGGGUCAGGAUGAGGUCGAAGAUGAAGAUGAAGACGAAGAGGAAGCGGUCGAAGGUAUCAGCGCAUCAGAUGAGGAAUUUCAUCAGCUCGAGAGAGAGUCCAAAGCGUUGUCUAGCGAAGCUCAGCAAGCUGUCAACGAUCUCCGAUCUCAAGGCGUCUUGCUGAAGCCGUCGAAUGAAGCACCUCAAGCACCACAAGAGGCCCGGCCCGCCUCUGGAUCGGCCGGUGAGAAGCACACUGCGGGAGCAGCGUCUGCAGAAGGCUCAUCAGCUGCACUAGAAAGGAUGCAAAGACCUCUCCCAAUGCUAGAGCGCGGUCCCGCAAGCGAGAGAGAAGAAGCAAGUCACGACCAAGAGGGGGACUUGACUGGUCUCGAGGAUGAAUUGGCAGCUGCUAUGGCUUCAUCGCCAUCGCUGGGGUCCAUCAAAGCAAACUCAUCAAGCCACCUCUCGAAGCUUCCACAAGACAGUGCGCUACGUCAAGACACAGCGCCGGCAGAUCUCUUGCAGCGUUUUCAGGCCUUACGAACCAAGGUCAGCGCGCCUCUGGCGUCUUCGACGCCCUCUUCCACCGCCAAAGGUCCUACAUCCAACCCAGACCGAGCGCCCUCAGUCAAAGCAGCAUCAGGACCAUCUUGGAUAUUACCAGACGUACCGCAGGAUAUCUUCUCUGCGCUUCCUACCGUGCCUCGCGAUCCUCCUCCGGAUGCUACGUCUGAGGACGUGCACCUCAGACACGGCAUUGAUCCAGAAAGAGACCUGAGCAGCUUCUCCGCUCUUGCCAGACUCGACACGAAGAAGCUCUCUGCGCCUGGCACUGGGCCAAGCAAGGGUGCUGACAUCAAACAGUCAAAGCAAGGGAACGAAGAGGAGGAGGACAUGGAAGGCUGGUGUUGUAUAUGCAACGAGGAUGCCUCACUACAAUGCGUAGGAUGCGACUCUGAUCCCUACUGCAGCCAAUGCUGGGCGGAAGGUCAUGGCCGCAUGGACCGCGACGAACUGCGAGAGCACAAAACCGUGCCACUCGAACCGCGCUGGAAGCGCAACAAGCGUCGAGCUGUGAUGAGAUGAUCAGUCGCUCAAUUGCGUCAGACGACAAAAAGUACAACAUCGUUGAUGGUCAGGAGGCCGAUUAUAGAGUCG